AUGUCAGACAACAUUUACCAGGGUGAAGAUUUUGACGAAAAGGUCAUUAGACAAGUAGAAUUCUACUUUUCGGACUCUAAUUUGCAACUGGAUAAAUUUUUGUGGAAAAUUUACGAGGCAAACGAUGGAUGGGUCGAGUUGAAAACCAUUUUGACUUUUGGUAGAAUGAAACAAUACAGACCAGAAGAGAAGGUUAUCGAAGCUUUGAAGAAGAGUACAAAAUUGGAACUCUCGGCUAAUAAUGAAUUGAUCAAGAGAACUGACCCAUUGAAGGACUUUGAUGAGGUGAAAAAUACAAAGAAGAAGAAUACCGUUCACAUUGAAGGUUUCCCACAUGAAUUGAACCAGGACCAAAUUGAAGCUUGGUUUGGUGAAAAAGUUGUACCUUCAUUACCCAAGGAGAAGGAUUUCAACUCCAUUAGAAUGAUCAAGACCAGGGCAAAGAAAGAGUUCUUUGGUGUUGUGGACGUUGAGUUCAAGACCGAAGAGGAUGCCAAAUAUGUUGUUGAAGAUGUCGAAUUGUCAUACGAAAAGGGUGUUAUUCCAAAGGAUGAAGCCACCAAUAUCGAUAAGAAGGAUCUUUUGAAGAAGAUGUCGCAAUUGACUUUCCAAGAAAUGAGAGAAAGUGGUAAAAGAUUUGGUCAAAAUGAAGUUACUAAAAGACGCAAUAGCUUUAACGACAACAAAGGCAAAGGUAAGAAGUACCAGAAAGGAGGUAAAGGAAAAAAGAAUGACAACAGAAAAGGCAGCGGUAGCGAAGAAGAUGCUCAUAAGAAGGAGGAGCUUGCUGCAGAUGAGAAAGAAACACUUAAUAAGAUUGAUGAAGGUAAUGGACGUGGCCACGAAGAAGAUGUCGAAAAGAAGAAGGAACUUGCUGCGGACGAGAAAGAAACUGUUGAUAAGAUCGAUGAAGGUAAUGGACAUGGCCAUGUAGAAGACGUCGAAAAGAAGAAGGAGCUUGCCGCAGACGAAAAAGAGACACUUGAAAAGUUAGAAGAUAAAGCGUAA